CUCGCCAAGUUCGUGAGUGUACUCACUCAAACAUUCGCCAAGACGUACGCCGCCUCUGCCCCCGCUGUCACUUCCGACUCCGACUCGGACUCUGAAGCCAUGUACACGCCUGUGAGCGAGAGCGAUCCGAUGCUCAUGAGCCCGAGCGGCGGCAAAGAUCGACGGUCGCCGCCCUCCAGCGCCGUCAACAGUCUGCGUCUCGAAUCUCCUGCCGCCAAGUGCAAUGACGCUUUCUUUGCCGUCAUGUUCCUCUCCAACGUCCUCGUUUUAGGCAUUUUGGCCUUCUGGAAAGGAGUACCAGCCUUAAAAGAAGACAUGGGUAGGAACAGGAGUGAUGGUCGUAUCCCUCAAGGACACUCCGUAGCGUGGACGAUGAUUGGUAUACUCUGCGUGGUCGGCACUGUGCUAUCUCUAGCCUGGAUUAAGCUGCUCAUGUCCUACGCGUCCUCCAUGAUUAGGGUCGCCCUAUGGCUCAAUGUAGGCAUGGUGCUGGCCUUCGCCGUCUCCACCUUCUCGGUCAACGUGUGGGCAGCGCUGUUCUUCCUGGUCAUGGCCGCUAUCAACGUGUGGUACAUCUACGCAGUCCAGAACCGUAUCGGCUUUGCAUCAGCCAAUUUAAAGGCAGCGUGUGCAGCCUUACAGCAACAUUCGGCUGUGUUCGUCGUGGCGUUUGUGCUUGUGCUGCAGCAACUUGUCUGGAUGCUUCUGUGGGGCGUCGCAAGCUUAGGCAUGCACAAGGUUUUCGUUGAGGCCGAUCCGGAUUGUGACCGGGAGAUCGAUCUCGCCAGUCGCGGACGUAGCCAUGGCGGGCUCUGUGUCGGUCUACCAGCUUAUGCGGCUCUGUUCUACAUGCUGGUGAGCGUAUACUGGGGCCAACAAGUGCUGCAGAAUAUCCUGACCUGCACGACAGCAGGCGUCGUAGCCACGUGGUGGUACCAGCCUAACGCUCAGAAGGCGACGGUCGGAGCGCUCUACCGCUCCGUGACGACGAGUUUCGGCUCCAUUUGCUUCGGCUCGUUAAUUGUGGCAGUUCUCCAGGCUCUGAGGACGAUGGCAGACAUGGCGAAGCGUCGUGCCAGUGAAGAGAACAAUGGGGGACUCGCCUGUCUGGCCUGUAUGGCGAAAUGUAUCUUGGGCUGCUUGGCGAACAUCGUGGAGUACAUAAACCACUGGGCGUAUGUCUACGUCGGUGUGUAUGGCUAUCCGUUCCGUACGAGUGGCAAGGCUGUGAUGGAUUUAUUUAAUAAUCGCGGAUGGACAGCGGUGAUUAACGAUGAUUUGACGUCGAGCGCUCUCUCCUUUGGGGCUUUGGGAGUGGGGAUCGUCACCUGUUGCGUUGGAAUGCUGAUGGUCCGCUUCUCGCCUGUCGAGUGGUUCACUGCUUUGGGCUCCCGCAUGGGCGUCUACGGCACGAUGGCUCUAAUUGGCUUCAUGGUUGGACUGAGCAUGGCCUUAAUCUUGGCCCACGUGAUCAUUGCGGCUCUCCACACCAUUUUCGUGUGCUUUGCUGAGGACCCCGUUGCGUUCAACCGCAACCACCCGAAGGAGUACGAAGACCUGGUGGCUGGCUGGCGCCAAUUCCACGGAGACGCGCUGCUAUCCGCUUACGGUGGUUCCGUCUAAAAGGAUGCAAUGAGGCUCUCGUUUUUGUAUGGAGGAUGACGACGAUACGCAACAAGUAAUAAAACCUCAUUGAAGCUAAGA